AUGGCUGGCGAAGAAACACUACAAAAACGCGAGGAGGGUUCCGAUUCAGAGGAUGAGGACGAUGACGAUGUAAUAGAAGAUGUCCCAAAAAUCGAGGUUGCCGUCGAAAAUUUGACACCUCUUUCUCCAGAAGUCAUAUCAAAACAGGCCACGAUAAACUUAGGAACCAUUGGACAUGUCGCGCACGGGAAAUCGACGGUGGUCAAGGCGAUAUCAGGAGUUAUGACCGUCCGAUUCAAGAACGAACUUGUACGAAAUAUUACGAUCAAGCUUGGGUACGCCAAUGCAAAAAUCUACAAAUGCGAAAACGAAGCAUGUCCAAGACCAGGAUGCUACCGAUCCUACCGCUCAGACAAGGAGGAUAACCCACCAUGCGAACGCCCUGGAUGUGGGCACAGAAUGAAGCUUGUCCGCCAUGUCUCUUUUGUUGAUUGUCCAGGACACGACAUUCUGAUGGCUACUAUGUUGAACGGAGCCGCCGUCAUGGACGCCGCGCUGCUUUUGGUCGCUGGAAAUGAAACUUGCCCUCAACCCCAAACGUCGGAGCAUCUGGCGGCUGUAGAGAUCAUGAAACUGGAACAUAUAAUCAUCCUGCAAAAUAAGGUGGAUCUUAUCAAAGAGGAGCAGGCGCUCGAGCAUCAGAAAAGCAUAUCGGCAUUUGUGAAAGGGACUGUCGCUGAAUCUUCACCCAUCGUUCCUAUCUCCGCACAACUGAAAUACAACAUCGACGCGGUCAACGAAUACAUUGUCAAGCGCAUCCCUAUACCUGUUCGAGACUUCACCUCUGAUCCACGAUUGAUUGUCAUCCGUUCCUUCGACGUAAACAAGCCGGGAGCGGAAGUUGACGAGCUCAAGGGUGGUGUUGCUGGAGGAUCCAUUCUGAAGGGUGUCCUUCGCUUAGGCCAAGAGGUUGAGAUUCGUCCAGGAAUUGUUACGAAGGACAGUGCUGGACGAAAUAAGUGUAAACCAAUCUUCAGCAGGAUCAUGUCUCUGCAUGCGGAGAACAAUCUCUUGUCAUUCGCUGUUCCGGGAGGCCUCAUUGGUGUCGGCACGAGGAUUGACCCUACGCUGUGCAGAGCUGAUCGUUUGGUGGGACAGGUCUUGGGUGAGGUUGGGAAGCUGCCCAAAAUCUAUACCGAACUGGAAAUCAGCUUAUUCCUCCUCCGUCGUCUGCUUGGUGUCAAGACUGAGGACAAGAAACAAACCAAAGUCUCGAAGCUCGUCAAGAACGAGCUUCUCCUCAUCAACAUUGGCUCAACCUCUACUGGAGGCCGUGUUCUUAGCGUCAAAGCCGAUCUGGCUAAAAUCCAACUGACGUCACCAGCGUGUACCGAAGUUGGCGAGAAGGUUGCUUUGUCGCGUCGUAUCGAAAAGCAUUGGCGGCUUGUCGGCUGGGGGAGUGUACAAAGAGGUACCAUAUUAGAAGUCGACUAAUGUAUAUGGGUUUUGUAUCAAUUGCAUCAUCUACGAGGACUCUUU